UCAGAAAAGGAGAGAGAGAGAGAGACGAGAAGAACAAAAAAAAAAAAAGGAAGAAACUUUGCGUCGAUGAAAAAAUGGAGAUCGGAGAAGAAAAUCCUCGAUGACCAUUGACAUUCAGAAGAGUUGGGAAGUGAGGACUGAUGUGUUCUGGUGGAGAAGGAAAACAAUGGAGCUGUGGAAAAGCGGGUGUAGUGAGUUUGCAGAAAGUUGGAUCUUUGGUUCGAGAUUUGAGCGAGCCUUGUCUUUCACAAUCGCGGAUACAGGUUGUUAUAACUAUCGGCAAAAUGCUUAAGCCAGAGAAGUGGCAAGCGUCUUUUGAUAGCGACGGAAGAGUUUCUGGUUUCCAAAAGGCGCUUAAAUUAAUUAUUUUGGGAGGAAUCGACCCGUCAAUUAGAGCUGAAGUUUGGGAAUUUCUCCUUGGUUGUUAUGCGUUGGGCAGCACCUCUGAGUACCGUAAUCAACUCAGGGUAGCUCGAAGGAAGCGAUAUAAUGAUUUGCUCAAGCAAUGCCAGACGAUGCAUUCAAGUGUGGGAACUGGUUCACUUGCCUAUGUUGUGGGGUCUAAAGUUAUGGAUAUGCGGAAAUCGUAUAGAGAUGAGUCAGUAAAGGUUGCUACUACAGAUGAAAACAGAGAAGAAGCUUUUAUAGAUAAUAAUGAUAAUGCUAAUACUGAAAAUCAUCACAGUGAUUGGAGUAAUAAUGGUACUGAUACAUCUCAUGUACACAGAAGGGGAAGUUCUAGUGAGUCAGUUGAUUUAGUAAGUGGAAGAGAAAGUCCGGAGAGCGUAGUAUACAACACUUCCUCCUUUGUAUCUGCCUCUAGUCCAUAUGGCUUUGCUUCCCCUGACGGUUAUUUCGACUUUCCCUCGCUACCGGUUACAGAUUUGUUUGGGAGGAAUAGUUUAGAUAAGAUUGAGGUUUCUACGCCAGACGAGGAUGCUUCAUUGAAAAGUGAUUUAAGAUCUGAGGAUGAGGCAAUGCACAAUUUUCGAAUUGAUAAGAAUGCUGAUUUAGUUAGAGAACAACGUAGGUCCACUCCAGAGAUCGAAGUGAUGCAUCAGGGUUCUGUUGGACCAUCGUCUUAUACUGGUCGCAAUGCAGAAAUAGUUGAUGGUUUGAAAAUAUCAGAUGUCCCUGAAAUGGCAUCAGUGAAGGAGACUCCCUCCCGUGUUGGGAAUGUCACGGAAGAUCGAGUGUCUGAAUGGCUUUGGACUUUGCAUCGAAUAGUUGUUGAUGUGGUAAGGACGGAUAGCCACCUUGAGUUUUAUGAGGAUCCAGGAAAUCUAGGAAGAAUGUCGGAUAUCCUUGCGGUUUAUGCUUGGGUUGAUCCUGCAACUGGUUAUUGUCAAGGAAUGAGUGAUUUAGUCUCUCCUUUCGUGGUUCUAUUUGAAGAUAAUGCUGAUGCCUUUUGGUGCUUUGAAAUGCUCAUAAGAAGAACGCGUGCGAAUUUCCAAAUGGAGGGACCAACUGGGGUGAUGGAUCAAUUGCAAUCACUGUGGCACAUAUUGCAGAUUACAGAUAAAGAUAUAUUUUCCCACUUAUCGCGAAUUGGAGCUGAAAGUCUUCAUUUUGCCUUCCGGAUGCUCUUAGUUCUGUUCCGACGAGAAUUGUCUUUUAACGAAGCUCUCAGAAUGUGGGAGAUGAUGUGGGCAGCUGAUUAUGAUGAAUCUGUUGCUGAAACUUUGGAGAAUGAUUGCUUGGAGCCUUUGGUGAUUCAGCUUCCAAGAAAAUCUGAACCUGAGGUGAGUGAAGAAUCGAUAGAGGAUGGAAUUGGUAACAGUACAAAGAGGGAACCAACGAUUUCAAAGAGUGGGCCAAUUUCAAAGAGUAGCGGUUUGUUGUCGAGGAGCGGUUUGCUGCCGAAGAGUGGUCCGUUGCCAAAGACUGCUGGUCCUUUCUCUGAUGAGAGUGAGAUAAAGGCAGCAUCAUCCUCAUAUCACUUUUGUGGUUUGACAAGAAGUCUUUGGUCAAGGAAUGAUAGAACAACACAUGUCCCUUGUGUAGUUUCAUCCAUAAAAAAAGGGGAUGAUGCUCUUCCUGUCUUUUGUGUGGCAGCGAUUUUAAUCAUGAAUCGACAUAAGAUCAUGAAAGAAACUCGCUCGAUCGAUGACAUGAUACAGAUCUUCAAUGAUAAGGUUCUUGUAUUCCGCGUGAGAAGAUGCAUACGCACAGCCAUGAAACUUCGUAGGAAAUACAUGUACAAGAGUCAGGUAAUCAAGACCAAGAGCCACACUCAGUCUCAGAAUCUCAACCAGGUUCAAAUCCAGCAUCAAACCCAUAUGGAGAGCCAGAGACCGGAGGAGAUUCAGAGUCAUGGUGAGAACCAGAGCCAAACACCAAGUUUACAUCAUAGUCCUGCCACUCAGAAUGGUGACUAGGCAGAAUUCCACCUAUAACAGUUAAAAAUAUAAAACAAAAAGAAGAAGAAAUAGAAGCUCACACAAGUAGGUCAUCUUUAGUUACGGAUUACGAGGAAGGGGUUUAUGUUUGAAGAUUCAUGCUUUGAUCUGUGUCUACAACAUGUUUGACAACUUUUUUGAGCUAGCAGGAAGGAACUAGCAAGAGAUUGAGAAGCAUGUGAAAUUCAAUCGCUUGGUACUACUUCACAAACUGAGAGUCUAAGACUCAUAAACAAAGAGGUUAGAAAAAUAAAAUCUCCUUUCUCUUUUGUGCGGGAACAAUUUUGACUGCAUACCCUUUAUACUUAUGUGAAUAUCAGAAAAAAAAAUCGACUUUUUCGAAACACCAAAAGAAUCAAUCUCCUUUAGCUAUAGAGAAGCCUUUUUCAUGGCGAUUACAAUGUAAUAAAUGACAACAAAUUUAUAUCUGAAACAUAAAUAUUUCAAUCUUUUUUCCUGUU